GGUCGGUCGAUUCUCCAUUCACGCACACUGCUGCGAACGUUGUGGUAGUUCGGUUUUGUGAGCCUCACUUAACUUUUUUAUUUUUUCUCUUUGCUCAGCCAGCCACUUGCUCGCUUCUUUGCCCGCGUCUACCUGCUGUGUAUUAAAUUAAACCCAUCUUAGUUUACUUCCUGCUGUAAUCAGGGCAAAACAACACUAUCAGUUCGAGAUCGUGAAGUGAAAUUUCUGUCAAGUAAACUCCAGAUGUUGUAGCAAACGGCAAUAACCUCGUUUUGUGUCAACAAAUAAAUAUAAACAGUGAUCAGGACACGAACCCUGCACGGGACAAUGUGAUCAAUCGAACAAUGCUCUAAACUGCACACGAGAAUGGGCUUCGUUCAUUUUUUUAUCGGAACUUGAUUUUCUGUGCAACUUCACCCACAUACGUUUAUGAUUGAAGCAUCAUGACAAGAAGAAUGAUGCAGUGGGGAGUAUACAAAGUGACAUUGCUGGUGCUACUCAGCACACUCAGCAGAGGCGAUCUGCCCGAAGACGACUUCAGGAUAAUCAGCAGACAAGAUCUACUGGCGUCAGACAGCGAUAUCUUCGAAGAUAAGAACGCUAAAUCAUUUUCGCAACUGUUGUUCGAUGUGGCAAGGGACCAGGUGAUCGUGGGCGCAAGGGACGCCCUAUAUCGGUUGUCCCUCCGCGGGCUGCGUCAACUGGAGCGCGCGGAGUGGGCAGCGCCAGCGGAGAAGGCUCAACUGUGCCAGGACAAAGGCCAGACGGAGGAAGACUGCCACAACUACGUCAAGGUGCUCCUCUCCUACGGACACAAGCUGUUCGCGUGCGGGACCAACGCCUUCAGCCCUGUCUGUAGUUGGCGAGAGAUCGAGUCAAUCAGCACGGUGUCACAGUGGGUGACGGGAGUGGCGAACUGUCCGUACUCGCCGCACUCCAAUGUGACGGCGCUGCUGGCCGGCAGCGGCGAGUACUACGCCGGGACGCCCACCGACUUUUCUGGCUCCGACACCGCCAUAUGCAGGAGUCGCGGCGCAACAAUGCAAGACGCCAUCACGCUGCGCACCAAUCAGUACGACCUCAACUGGCUGAAUGAGCCGCAGUUUGUCGGCAGCUUCGAAGACGACACCUUCGUCUACUUCGUCUUCCGAGAGGUCGCUGUCGAGUUCUUGAACUGUGGAAAGACAAUCUACUCACGCAUAGCCCGCGUAUGCAAGAACGACUCUGGCGGCCAUUUAAUGAUGAAGGACAACUGGAGCACCUUCCUGAAGGCUCGGCUGAAGUGCCCCGUGCCUGGGGACGUGCCCUUCUACUAUGACGACGUGCAGAGCGUAGAGUAUCUGCCUCAGGAGAAGAUCAUUGUCGCUGUCUUCACUACACCCGGGAACAGCAUAUCAGGCAGUGCGGUAUGCAUAUACAACAUUUCCGAUGUGCACGCGGCGUUCGAAGGCCCGUACAAGACUCAGGAAAACAGCAAGUCCACCUGGGAGCCCCGGUCGCCCUCCAACCACGCGCGUGACCACUUCCGAUGUCACCCUGACGCUAGGCCCCAUCAACAAAUAGAAUACCACCGCUACCACCUAAUGUACGAAGCCGUGCAGCCGAUAUCCGGCGAACCAGUAUACAAAGCGACCUUACAACGCUUCACACAUGUCACCGUGGAUGUUACCCCUACCAAAUCUGGGAGGCAGUUGGUCGCUUACGUCGCCACUCAAGAUAAUGACAUUCUGAAAUUGGCUGUGUUACCUCGCUUGGAUGGAGCUUGCCUUGUUGAAGUGAUGAAGCUCAAAGAUGAGAGUGGAGGGUUUGAUGUCCUCAAUAUGCAGUUUGUUAAGGAUACUAUGUCGCUGUACAUCGGUAGCGAUACCGGCGUGGUCCGUGUCAGCGGGGAGCGUUGCGCGCGCUACCGCACUCGCAUCGCGUGCGUCGACGCGCGCGAUCCACACUGCGCGUGGGAUGACGCGCGUGACGCGUGUUUACACAGCCAGGAUGCCUUACCAGCGGCCACUAUAGCUUGCCCUUCAAAUAACGCACGUGUGGACGGGGGCUGGUCGUCGUGGUCGGAGUGGGAGCCGUGCAUGCAGGACGGCACGGCGCACUCCGCGUACGGUGAGCGGCCGGACAUGUGCCAGUGCCGGACGCGGCGCUGCGACAACCCGCGGCCGAGACACGGCGGGGACAGCUGCGAGGGUCCGAGCAUAUCGGUGACGAACUGCACGGUCCACGGCGGGUGGUCAGCGUGGUCGGGGUGGUCGGAGUGCUCGGCCACGUGCGGCAUCGCGAUCAAGUCCAAGCGGCGCACCUGCACGGCACCCGAGCCGCGCUUCGGAGGUCGAGUGUGCGUCGGGCUGGACCUACAGGAGUUGUACUGCAGUAACCUGCCGCCUUGUCCAGACCCCGAAUUAGCUCCCGUAGACGGUGGCUGGUCACCUUGGAGUUCCUGGUCUCCUUGCACCAGUACCGGGGGCACAGCCUGCGGGCCGGCGGCGGGCUGGCGCGAGCGACGCCGCACCUGCACCGACCCUGCGCCGAAGCAUGGUGGCGCCGAUUGUGAUGGAAACAAGGUCGACCGACAGGUGUGCGAUCUACGAGCCUGCGAGGUCCGCAAGGCCACUGCUUGGACGCCCUGGGUGCAGAUCCCAAGUAAUUCUUCAGACGAUAGUUACACGGAGAAGCGGUUCAAGUUUUUGUGCAAAGCGCCUUCACCGGAGCAAAUCAAACUAACAAUAGCCCGCGAAGAGGAGCGGUACUGCACGGCCCGGGGGUCUUGUAGCAGCUCGCCCCCGGAAGAGGGGGGCUGGGAGGCGUGGGGAGCGUGGGCCGACUGCUCGGCCCCCUGCGGCGGGGGCCAGCAGGCGCGCGUGCGCCGUUGCCGCAAGCCCCCGUGCCAGGGCUCGCGGGAGAUGCUGCGCGCUUGUAACACGCACUCUUGUUCCGGUCAAUGGUCGUGUUGGAGCGAAUGGAGCGACUGUUCAGGCGGGUGCGACACGGGCGCGACGGGGCAUCGAACCCGGACCCGAAUGUGCCUCUCGCCGGAGGGGUGCGCAGACGCCGGUGCCGCUCUCGAGCGACGCGCUUGCGUCAACUCUUGCGCAGAGAGUGAAUCCGGGUGGGAAGCGUGGGGCUCGUGGACGACGUGCGACAAUGGGGAGCGGUUGCGCCGACGCAGCUGUGCGAGCGACGCGUGCGCCGGCGCGCAGAUACAGGUCGCGAGGACUGCUAGCGAUGCUGAUGUUGACAAUGAGUUGUACGCAAUGCCCGCGUACAGUGCUAACGUAGAGAUGGCGUCGUUCGUCACUGUGGACGGCAGAGAGUCACUCAGCGUCGGAGGCAUCGUCGGCUGCGUCGUAGCUGCCUUCGUUAUGGGUUGCCUGGUAUGCCUAGCGGGGGUCAUCUACUGCCAGCGGCGAGGGUCGUGGCUGCCCUGGCGGCGCAAGACUCGCGUGCCCUCCAGUCCGCACUACAUCACCGCCAAGCAGAACAGCUACGUCACCGUGCCGCUCAAGGAAGUGCCGCGCAAAGCGAAACGCCAACCGUCGUUCACUGGCAUCGGCGGCAGCAGCGGUAUAAUCCUGUCUAAGAGCAACAACCUAAACGUGAACAACCACAACACAGCCACAACACCCAAGCUCUACCCUAAAGCCAUAGCCAACGAGUACGACUCCAUGGGCACCCUCAAACGGCACUCCAAUCAACCGAAUAACAAGAACAACCUCGAUAUCGAAGAAGACAAGUUUUAUUAGCAAUGCAAAGAGGGUGAAUAGUAUACAUACAUACAUAAACUCACGCCCGUAAUCCCUAAUGGGGUGGGUACAGCCACAAGUAAUCAAAGACAAUCUCUCCAGGCAUCCAGUGUUGAUACGAUGUCGUAAGCUGGAUAUGAUAAACCUUAUAGUGAUUGGAGAUCAGCCUAUCGCCCAUAACAUUAGUCCAUCAUGUUAGAGGACACAAUCCCUCUGUCGGUUUUUACGACAUGCCCGGGAAGACAAGCAGCUGAACGUGUUCUAAGUUAUUUGAAUAGUAUAAUUAAGGCAAAUAACGGUGAGAAAGACAAAACAUUUCUCACUCUUGUAAAGUCACCGACUACAUCAACUGCAGAGUUACGCCAUCACAAACCUCUGACAUGGCUCAUGUAUCAACGACUAAGGACCUUAGCGACGCAACGUUCGCAACAUGGAUAAUCUAUCUUGCAAAUCUUUCAAUAUAUUUUUUGUAGACAAAACAAAAUGAUCUUCAAAUGGAAGUUUCCAAUCUGGAUUAGGAACCUGCAGAACAUUGAUAUAUAGUACAAAAGUGAUAAAUGUGCCUUGAGAUUGCUGUGAUUCUUGUCAGGUGUACUAAAUAGUUUCAAAAUCUCACAGAAUUGAUAAUAAGGCCCAGUGAAAACUGCGAGUCGCGAACGCUCGCGUCUAUUACGUGUAAUGAAGAAAGUGUGUGACCUGUUAAGGAAGUAAAUCCUGCGAGAAAGGUGCCAAGUCUAACAUACGCCGUAUUGGGCGGGAUAAAAACGUAAUAAUUUGUAUCCACAACAAAACAAUGAGAGACUUAACAACUAUUGAUAUUGCCAAUAGUAAUUUUGUAACUGAAAUCAAUAUUCUUAUACAAUAAGCAUUUGUUACAGACAAGACGCCUUUAGGAAAUAGUAUUUUUAAACUUUAAACAAUGUGAAAAGUUAUAUUUUAAAAUAAGUGCAGUCUUAGAGCAAUUAUAUAUUUAAAUCGUUGCAGAAGUGUAAAAGUAUUUUGUGUUAUUUGUUACUGGAAUUAAUAGAUAAUUAUAAAAUGUGUGAUUAUGUUAGUGAAAAAAUCUUUGAGUAUAUCGUGUAAUUAACUCAACGAAAAAGUGAGAUGGAACUUUGUUAUUAGUUGACUGUGAGUAAAGUGAUGAACUAUAAAACGAGAGUACUUACUUAGAUUUUAUAUUAUAGAUUUUAUUAUUUCGCAAAUGCUAGCAAAAACACCUCCGCCAACCCGCACUGGAGCAGCGUGGUGGAGUAUGCUCCAUACCCCCUCCGGUUGAUUGAAGGGAAGCCUGUGCCCAGCAGUGGGACUUAUAUGGGCUCUUUAUGUUAAGUGCAUUAACUCGUAAUAUUUUAACGAGUAACAAUUCCAGUGCCAUGAUCACUAAAAUGUAUACAUAAUCUAUUUUUUUUUAUAUUCGUCCUCAUAGAAAUUAUUUUAACAUUAUAUUUGUAUAUGUUUUAUUAAGUAUUUUAAUUCAAAUGGAAGGAGUCCAGUAUAUGACAAAGCCAAUCACGUGCCAUGUAAAUAAGUAAGAAAAAAUAUAAAUGUAAAUAUUUAAUUACUACAGCGUUAUUGUAAGUGAUAGUUUUGAUGUUAUGAAACAUACUUUAUAAGCAGUACAAAGUGCGGUGCCUUCAGUAAGUUAACGCGACAAUAAAUCUGUAUACCUAUUUAAUUAUUAUACAAAAUUAAUCAUCAGAGUAUAUUUUUGUAUAGUUGAAUAUAUUUCGACGCAUCUAGUGGCUCACGUUGAGUCAAUACUUGUUAUACGUGUAAUGUGUGGGUGUCGAAUAUUUUGUACUUUGUAUUUUAAUCCGAAUAAUUGACUAAAUGGAUGAAAGUUUGUGGUUGUUACUGAUAUUGUAAAGAUUAUUUAUUGUACGAUUUGAGAGUUUGAACAUGUGUACUUGACAACAAGUUGAGAGGACUUUUCAUUAUGAUUACACCAUCAAUCUUUUUUAUUUAAUCAGUAGGUAAAUGAAUCAAUGCAGAUUCUGAUUGGUAUUCUUUAUUAUGUAAACUAUUAGAUACAUUUGCUAUUGAAUAGGCUGCUAUUUGUAGAAUGUAAUGCGGCGUCAUUAGGCUCUGAUCUAUUAAAGGAUUUCAACAUGAACAUUCUGUUCAUAUAUGCCCCAUGCUGUAUAUUCACAGUCCUGAUUAAUAACUGUAGAGCUAGUAAUGUCAAAGUCUUUAUACUCGACAUGAUUAGCAUUAUGUGCUACGCUUAUACCCUAUUUAACGUUGCAUGCAUUAUAACGAUAGCAUGACAGAGAUAGCAGCAGUAGUAGUAUCGUCUAGUGCGAAAGAGACGAGAGAUAUCUCUUUCGCAUUAUGUGCAGCUUAGUACGAUAGACUCGAGGGUUAUGGCAUUAUAGCAUGCUACGUUAAAUACGUGCUUGUCCAAAUUAACCCGCGGCCACGGUCACGAAAUUUAAUACUUUUAACAAACCAAAACUAGGGGCAUGAGAAGCGCCUCCGCCAAGACGAGCAAAGCGAAGCGCAAGGGCAGGGGACCUACAUUUUCUCGAUCGUCGAUUGUUUUAAUCCUCAUAAUACUUUAUUGCACACACGGGAAAUACAGAAAUACUAAAAUGAGAAAUGAAAAGACUACAAUAGGCGCCCUUAUUGCUUAUGACAUAAUGUCAUAAGUGUUCUUAGAAACACUUAUCACGAAUACAUGUUAUAUUUCGAGGCCGCGCCCGCAAGUUGAACAAGCACUUAGUACGAAAUCGCUACACAUUCCCGUUCAGUAAGAUGAAAAAUAAAUAUUAGCCGGGCAUACAUAUGUUGUGUAUAGCAUUAUGUAGACAUCUAACUCAUUAUAAAUUAGAUUUUAUUAUCAUCUAUCUGUGACUAAUCUGUUUACCAUAGAAUAAGGAAUAAUACUACGUAUAGAAUGACAAUACUCCGCUGCCCACCAAAGUCUGAGCUAGGUUUACCUCACCCCCUCGGACAUAGUUUAGCGUUCAAUCGUAUUGUGUCAGACGCCACACACACAGAUGCGCGUGUAUGAUAACGUCAAUGUGUGGUGUCUGUGUAAAAAUAGGUUGUUUGUAUGAAGUGUCUGGGGUGUGCCAGUAGUAAACGGCGAAUACUGAACGCUGUUAAUACUUAUAGACUACUAGUAAUUUAUAACCAAUAUUCAAACGUGGGUGCUUUGCUUUACAUGACAGGCAGGUUUGAACGUGUCACAUCUCGCGAACAGAACGCUUAUCUGCAUAAUUAUUGUGAUCAAAGUAUUUCAAGGUGGGUUAAACGGAGCGGCAAACUUACAUUUGCCGCUCUGUUCAACCCACAUUGAAAUACUACCUACCGACAGGGGGGUUAAAAAGACCACAUCGAAGCAAUUAAUCUAAAAACGCAAUAUUUCUAUUUGGCAUUUGUUUGCAGAGCGCACAUACUUUUAUACGCGCAAAUGUCAAAUUGCAAUGUUGCUAUUUUAAAGGAAUUGCUUCGAUGUGGCCUAUUUAACCAGGCAGAUUAAAAUAUUAUCAAUCUAUCCCACUCAUGCCCUAUUUUUCCCUAAAAAGUAGCAUGGAAAAUGCUGCACCGACAAGAGCGUGGCUCUUAAAUUGAUGAUGAUCCCACCCAUGGGUAAAGAACUUGUCUUGGAGCUUCCUUCGUUAUACCGUUUCACUGCAGAUUGAUUUUCAUUAUAAUAAAAAAUCAUAUUAUAUUGUAGUCUAAAGUCACAGACUGUUUGAGGUUUACGCGGUUAUUAUCAUAAUUAAAACACAUCCCUCAUAUCCCCAAUUUUAACGCGGUAAGAACCCGGUAUUAUGUGUUUCAUUAGUCACAUAGACGCCGUAAUUUUUACUGAUAUUUUCAAACACUAAAAUUAUAAGUAUCUUACUGAACGCGAUUGCUGGCAUUAUAUUAUUAUGCAUUCGAUAUUCAAAUAUUAGACUUAAUUAUAAUUAUUGUUUUAGAGGCUUUCCCGAUAACUCACCGAUUCCAGCCUUUUUUAGAGAUUAUCUAAAUCGUUAUGAAUAUUAUUUCUAAACCGAUUCCAUUAUUUUUCAUUCCUAAAUAAUUUUAUUACUAUACAAAUGUUAUUAUAUAGUUAUUAUUGUAAAUGUUUGUUAAGUUAGCUACUUAAAAUAACAAUAAAGACUGUCGAAUCUA